AACCAAACAGGCGUACGUUGCUAGUAGAAAGCGCUGGUACUGUCAACCUUAGCCAUUCUUUUAAGGAAAUAUGGAGACAGGCUAGCGCGGCGCGCAUUCUGCCUGAGCUAAUAGUUCUAAAAAUGCCAUUGUUUUCAUGCUUUGGAGGAGGGGCCAGCAAGGCCCCGCCUGCAGCACCACGUAGUGUCGUGAAGGCUGUGAACCAGGAGGUUGCUGCGGUUUCGCGACAAACUCCAAAGCAGCCUGUAGAGCCGGAGGUUACGGCACUGGUCCCUGGCGGAAGCGGGGCGCUGACAAGCUCGCUGGGAAAGAAGCUUAGCUCCAGCUUUACCAGGAGCACUCAGGAGGCAUCGGAAAGGGCUGCUGCUCCGGGCCCGGGGGCCGGCAGCGGCACAAGCCCUGUACCAGCGCCUGAGGAGCAACUGAACUCUUCCGAGGCAGUAGAGGAGUCGAUGGAGGAUGGAGCGCAGCCCUCAACAGAGGAAGGAAAGCCGGCCCAAGAACCCCCUCAACCGGUUAUCCAGCCUAUGCCUGGAUGCUAUACGCACAGCUUAAAGUUGACUAGUGAACAGACUUUAUGUCAGUCAAACAUCCAGCUUUGCCGACCAGAGGAGCUGGUUGGUGACAUCAAGGACUUGGCAUUCAUCGGGAACGGCUCGUUUGCUGCAGUGUUCAAGGGCCUGUGGCAAGGUGCCAAGGUUGCCAUCAAGUUCGUGGUAUCUGACAGCCUCAAUUCUAACAGCGUGACUCUGCGGGAAUCCCUGCUUGGGCAGCUGCUGUCCCAUCCGAACGUCAUUCAGACGUACACGACCCGGUGCGCGCUCAUGGAUGACGAAUCCCUUCACGCCAUCCAUGGAGCAGCCUGUGACGACGCUCGGCGACUAAGCGGCGAUAGCCUGCGCUUCGUCAGUGGCGACGGGUUCGGCGACCCGCGCCACAAGGCGGGCGGGGGCACCAUCUCGGUGUCCAACAUCUUGCUGCAGCUGCAAGUGAAGCCGGGACAGUACGUGGCGGUGGUCAUCAUGGAGUAUGCGGACAGGGGUACUCUCCAGGAGGCCAUCUACAAGCGGCAGGUGUUCCGGGAAAGCCCGCGCUGGAACAAGCGCAUUGCAGCGCGCGCACUGUUCCGAACGGCGCGCGAAAUUGCGCUGGGCAUGCAGCACCUCCACAGCAGCAACGUGCUUCACGGCGACCUGAAGCCCGGCAACGUGCUCCUCACGUCGGCGCGGGUGGACCGACGCGGCUUCAUCGCCAAGCUGGCGGACUUUGGACUGUCGCACGUGGCGCAUGGGCCCAUUGCGACCAACACCUGGGGGACGCUGCGCUACAUGGCCCCGGAGCACUUUUCGGGCACCAUGUCCAAGGCCACGGACGUCUUCGCUUUCGGCAUGCUUCUGUGGGAGAUGGUGACGGGGAAGAAGCCGUACGAGAACAUGACCCAGGGCGAGGUCAUUCAGUCGGUGUCCCAAGGGCUCCGGCCGCAGUGGCCGCCCGACUGUUUCCCGCACCUGGAGUAUCUGGGCAAGCGCUGCAUCGCGCACAACCCCGCGGAUCGGCCGUCGUUCGGCGAGAUCGUGCGGGAGUUGGAGGACAUGGAGGUCAUGCUGCGGGAGCUGCUGCAGGCAACCCGCGAGUCGGGCAGCAUGAGCACAACGGGCGGGCAACCGAAUUCGUCGUCU